AGGGGCUUCAUUACAGCUGUGUUCGAGCCUAGUGCCUGCUACUCCGAUUUUGCGCCAGACGAGGGAGCCACGGCCGUUGCUAUUGUCCAUCGAGGUGAGCUCAAGCGCUCGGCGCCGUAGAGAUACGGCCUCGUUGCACUCCCCUUUUGCACGACGCGGACACAGCGCAUGCAUGCGCCAGAUAUUCGAUAGUGGGCAGCAACGCGAUUCUGAUCUGCCAACGACUCGCGAUGUCAUCUUCCCCCCGCUAUCGAAUGUGUCGAGGCAGCUCCUGCCGCUCAGGUCGCAUCGGGUGGUGGACAGUCCAACAAGUCAUGAUCCACUCCACCCUCCAGAGCUAUCUCGUCCACUGAGCAAAAACGCGAUAGGAGAGAGUCUGUCUACAGUAUUCAACAAAGAUCAUAGCUCUUGCUCGGAAUCUUGGUCUGAUGACUCGGGAUAUCUAAAUGGCAGCGGGCAGCGUAUCUCAGCAGAUAUGGCUACCUCAUUAGACACUAGGAUUCAGGACUGGCUGUCAGCCACUUCCAAUCAUGGCCUCGAGCAAACGGAGGACACGGUGACCAAGGACAUCAGCCAGGACGAUCCCGUGCCAGAACGAUGCCACCCGGCCACGCCCAGCAAAGUGGCUCAAAUAAGGGGCAGGCUUACACCAAACAUCCCAACGGCGAAUCCACGUCGAAGUCCAUUCAACUCUCAAGCGCAACGUGAUAUGUCGGACAUGUGUACAUCCUCCAAUUUUGGCAGUCUGCAAACGUAGCAAGACAAACAGACAGCCACUUGGACGGACGCAACCUUGCAGUUAACAUCAGCAGCACAACUCAGGACAGCUACAGUACAUCCAAUGUCUACUCCUAAGAACCGCGCCAAUCGUUGUCGCCAGGAUGUUGAUUUGAGCCCGCUCAGUCCCAAUAUCUGCACAGAACGUGGCUCCUCAAGAUACCACAAAGACUGUACAGCACACGUGACGAACAAUACAUCACCAAACAAGCCGAAGCGAAUACUUCAGUCUCAUCAGAGACGUAUCCAGGAAAACUUGGCACCGGAGAGCACUACUAUUAAUCGAAAUCAUCGU